GCAGGAUACGAGACCAUGCAAUUUCUCCGUGUCGUCAUCCAGAAUCCUGGCGGCGGUUGCGGAGUGCAGGAGGCGUCGGGCAUCGCCAAGUGCAUUGAGGUAUAAAGCGCUGAGAUGGCCGCGCGGACGAGAACUUCAGCAACUCAGCAUCUUCGCAGUAGCACCAAGUUCACUCACUUUCUUUCGUCCUUUUCAGUCAUUCUUUGACGUCUUCAUUCUUUUGCCCAGGUUGGCCCCUUCUUCGACCUACGAGCUAGUCUCUCUUUUAGCACUUGCUAUUAACGUCUAACGAAUUCUCUGUAUAUAUUCGAUCGAUCGACGCCAUGGUCUCCAAGACACUUCUCCUUGCGGCGAUUGUCGCCUACGUCGAGGCCCGCUUCGGCCAGGAACAGGUCCCUAUCGCGGCUAUCUCUGCUGUCCAGGGCGGCGAUGCAGGUGCGGCGGCUACCAUUGCUGGUGCUGCCAUCAGUGAUCUUUUGGGCGCUGCCAACUCUUGCGACAAGCUCGUCCGCGCUGACCAAAUUGUCGCCGAGCUCGGCGGUGGUGCCGAUGCCAUCGCUGCCGCGAUUGGCAUGGUCACCGCUGAGAAGAACACCAACCCUUUCGCCAACGGCAAUGCCCAGAACGUCUGCGCCGAUCCUACGCUCCCGGCUACCGCGGAGCUCAGGGGCAUCACUCCUCUCAUCGAUCCUGAUGUUGAUGUCGACGGCGCGGUUGCAGCUCUCAGCGCGCAGACCGCGGCCAGCCCGCUCAACGCGGAUGGCUUGAGCGUCUUCGACCUACUCGACCAGGCUGGUCUGGGUGAUCUUGUGGUCGCUCAGCAGUCUGCCGGCGGUGCGGCUGCUGGUGGUGCAGCGGCCGGUGGCGCGGAUGAUGCGAAUGCGGACGACAACCAGGAUGCCAAUGCGGAUGAUAAUGCCGCCGCCGACGACAAUGCUGACAAUGCCGAUGAUGCCGCAGCCUGCGAUGCUGGAAACGCUGCCGCGGGCAAUGCAACGGCCGACGCUGGGGACGCAAAUGCCGACGACAAUGCUGCUGCUGAUGACAACGCGGCUGCUGAUGACAAUGCCGCAGCCGACGACAACGCCGCAGCCGUGGGCGGGGCAUCCUCCAUCGCGGGCGCUGACUUCGGCCAAUGCACUCCCACCAUCAUCUUCGAAGCCGGACAACCCGGCCGCCAGCCCGACGAAUUCACCUUCCAGAUCGCGGACCCGCUUGCGCGCGGCGGCCAGCAGGACGCCCUGAACCCCAACAUCAUCACCAACGCACUCUGCAACCAGCUCAUCAACGUGUGCGGCGCCAACGAUGCCGCCCAGGCCGCGUGUCUCGAUGGCAAGGCGCAGGUCGAGGCUGCGGGUACCCGGGAUAAGAGCACCGCGGAUCUGUUCAAUGCUGCGGUGGGCUUUGCCGGCGCGGUGACGAACCCGGAUGGUGGGCCUGCGGAUGUCACUGACGUUGCGGCGGCGAACAAGAGGGCGAGGAAGUUCCGCGCAUAAAGGGCGACUUCGAGAACGUAGUGCUGGGAUAGAAAGGGAUGGAUGGGGGUUGUGGUAGAUAUGAGAUGUCCGGAAAAGAGAGGGUCGAUUAUUCACUUCUGAUUCACGUGUACGACUAAAAACACUUGCCUUGUU